AUGGUCAUGUACAGAUGUUCUGAAAUUUAUUCGCCUGAUCCAGGCAAAGGCUGCCAAACAACAGGCAAGCAAGCACAAAGCAAUGGAAGAAAAGUGAGACAGGAGGACAACCUCACAUAGAGCAAGGAAUUACUGAACCCCUCUGGUGAAGCAAUGGUAUGUGGGUUGAUAAUAACCUUACAUGUGUAGUUUGGGGAAGGGUAGUAUACUGUGCACUCUUUUAGUUUGGAAAGAUCUUAGUUUGCCAAAAAAAAACAUUGGGAUCAGUCAGCUUUCACCACACUGCAAACUUACAGCAAGAUCAUGACGAAGAUUUUAAGUAAAGCGGCAUUGCAAAAGAGGACAAAUUUUUCUGUACAGGGAACUAAUGGUGAGUGAAGAUUGUUAGUUUUCAACCUUGUUAUACAAUAAUAGAAUAAUAUACUACUUUGUAAGACAUGAUUCCUGGGUGCAAACCAUCCAUAUUGUAGAUCACACAGGGGAGGAUGCAUGGAAAAUACCAAUUAACUAAUAAUUUUUGUCUGUUUUAACAUCUGCAGGACAUGAUGUAUGACUUUGAGUUAAUUAACCUCACGACAAGAGUCAAGCUGAAAGAAUGGAUAAAAAACUUGACUUUCAUUGAACCUGAUGAGAAGACCACCACGCUGUUAAGGAAUUGGCUACUGUGGUAUUUCAUUUCUCAGUGUGGUCGCUCAACUGAUUCAAAUAAUUUGAAGGUG